AUGCAAAAUAAAGAAGUUUUACAAAGAGUUUUUGACUUCUAUUGCAAACAAUAAUAUAUUUAGGGAUAGUUCGCCAGCUUUGAAAGAUAAUAAUAUGAGGCAUCUAUUUUUACUAUUGGUAAGUGGAUGCAUUUCUGUAGAGAUUUUUAAGUGAAAAUAAAUAGUUCAAGGUUACUAGAGCUAUUCAAAAAGUAAGCCAAAAAUUCGAAGGAACUUGAUUUUGAUUAGUUUAUUUAAUUGUUAAAUGUCUUAGCAGUUGAGGAAGGACAUGAUUGUGGAUAAUACUAAGCAAAUUUAGGAUUAGACAACUGGAAGGUUUGUGUUUCAAAAAUGAAAACCUUCCAAAGGCCCUUUUAAAUGAAAGAGUAAUCUGAAAGGAUUAAAGAUAUCAAAUAUCAAUUUAAAAUAUAUCACCCAGAAGUCAAAAAUGAUGAAUAAAUCAAAUAAAUUUUAUUAUAAAGAAAACAAUAAAAUGAAUAAUUAAAGCUCAUAGAAAGAAAAAAGAAAGCCUUUUAUAAGUUGUAAUUUGAAUUAAAGCAUUAUACUAAAUCUUAACUUUUAAUAAAAUACCCAACCUUAAAGGAACUUAUUGAAAAACUACCAGAUCCUUCCAAGACUAAGACUCUUUCAAGUUAAACCAAGGAACAUGAUUAAAGUGUGAACAUAUCCCAAUAAAUGUAAUCUGCUCUUACAUGGGAAAAUCUCAAUCAUUUCCCACUGGCAACAGACUUUAUUAAUGAUUUAAUGGAAUAAGAAGGGGAGGAUGACGAUUAAUAUUUGAAGGAAUAUUAGGAGUAGAGAGGACUUGAGAAUUCUCAAAAAAUAGCUAUUUCAAAAAAUAGAUAACCUAGUAAUUUGGAUUAUCGCAAUGAGAGAUAACAAAGGUCUGUCUCAGAUCAUAAAUAAAUUAUCAAGGGUUAACGUUAUGAUGAACAACUGCACUCAAUGGAAAGACAAUACGAUUAAAAUAAGAUGUCCAAGCUGAAAACGACAAGCAAUACUUCAGAGGGCAAUAAUUACACAUCCUUACAAUACAUUGAUUCUAGUUUAAUCAGAUAACAAAUACUAAAACAAUAAAGAUAGCAAUUGCAGAAUCACAACUAUUCAGUUGAAUUGCCAAGGUAGAACUUAUCAUAAGGAUAUCCAGAAAUUCUUAUUGUGAAAGAGAAGCCUACUACAAGCAAAUUGAAUAUUUCAAUGUUAAAGAGAGUGCAAUAGCUCUCUGGAUUGGAAGCCAUUAAGGAGUAGAACUUGCUCAACAAGAUUAUUUCUUAGUAGAGAGAGAAAACCAAAAUUGCCUAGAAAUGA